AUGGAAGAUUAUGGGAUGCACUUUUCUCCAGACUCGUGGAGUUAUGACAGCGGCCCCGAAGGGAGUCUUUCCUUGGAAGAACUCGCUACAUGGGUGGAGAGUGCUCUUGAAAAGGAGCUGAGCAACAAAACUACUGAUACGUCUGAGGCUGUUUCCAGCUCAGUCUCAGAGCAGAAACAAGAUUUUGCUGUCCCAAGAAGCCAGGAUGGCAACAUCACUGCCACUCUGCACGAUCCCAGCACUGCUACAGAGAAACCUAAAGGAAAGGCCCGGGUGGUGUUCACAGAGAGACAGUUGAAUGUUCUUGUCCAUCAGUUUAAUGCGAAACAUUACUAUGACCCAAGAGAGAUGAAACAGCUGGCAGAGAUGACAGGACUGACCUACAAACAGGUAAAAACUUGGUUUCAAAACAAACGGAGUAAGUUUAGGAGGAGUUCACAUCCUCAGCAUGUGAAUCAGGGCGUCCCACUUCAUUUUCAGGGAGAGGGACAGCCCCCACACAGGGAGUCGUACACUCAGCACCUAGAGAUGAAGUCAAUCGCAAAUGGUGCAAAUUAUCAGGCCCCCUAUCAUCAUGCUGUGGGCAAUUUUGCGGCUGGACCUCAAUGGACCUUCCCAACCUCGCCCCACAUGUUUGACUGGUCAAUGCCACCAGGCAACGGCAAUAAAGGAGGCUUGAAGUAUGAGACAGAUAAUCUAAAGAAUCUGGAGCUUUCAAAUGGAUCUCAAAGAUUUUCCCAGGAAUACCUCAAAUAACAUCCCUAGCUCAAAGCCCUAGCUUUGAAUACUUCAUCUUAAGAAACCUGAGAUGAUACGUUGAAAAGUUUCUGCCUCUGUGAUUAUCUGCCUAAGACUCUAAAUGUUGGGUUUGCUUUUAAUUGUUCACAAGUCUGAUGUUGGGGGUAAAGCCCCAAAAUAAACAUUUUAUUGUCACCUUUUCUACUCUCUGCCCUAUGAAACUGAAGUCUUGAAAUGAAACGUGCAAUGGUUUAAAAUACCCUUACUGAACACCUGAAGUCAGCUCAAUUAAAGUGUAGGAUGCUGCUGAUGGCCAUGUAUGUUUGUAUCAGGGCUGUGUUGGGGUCUGUCAGGGGAUGUUAUGGAUGGGGCAUGGUGGCUGGAGGUUGCCAGGUUCUUGCUCACAAUGCCACCGAUGAUCAUGACUGGGAAGCGUACCAGCAACCAGGCACCAUGCAGCAGGAGCACGGUGGUGUCCAGCAGAGCCUGAGUGGAGCUGUCAGAGCAGCAAAGCUGCAGGAAUGAAAAAUCAAGUCAAUAAAUGAGCAGCACUGAGUCUAAUAAUCCAUUUAAUGUUGCCUUUGAGAGUUUCCAAAAAGCAUUAUGCUAUAAGGUGUUUCUCCUGAAUGUGAGCAAAAUACAAAUACAAAGUGAAUACAGAUUAAUGAAUAAAUCAUUAACUGAAUGAACGUGGAUUGAUAUUGUACAUUCAGCUUUUAAAUGAUGAUAAUA